AUGGGAAUCCUCCUUGUUUUCACCCUGUGUGUCUGUUUACCCCGCUCCUUCAGUCAGUCAGUGGUGCAGACCCCGGCAGCGGUGACCAGGAAGGAGUGUCAGUCUCUCACCAUCACCUGUGUUUUCUAUGGUGGUUUUUACGCUCGUCCUUUGAUGGGCGGAAAUUUCUUCAAACAAACUCAGACCGGGACAGAGUGGGAGCGGAUAUCCAGCGGGGGGAGAUUUGUUGUGUCGGUGAAUAAAGCAGAAAAGACAUUUUCGCUGGAAAUUCGGGAAUUGAGAGUUGAAGACACCGCCACCUAUUACUGUAAAGCUCAGUACGUGUUGGUUACUGUUUAUGCGGAUGGAUCCGGGACGGUGGUGACUGUCACAGCCGAUUCCAGUUCCAUAAUUUCCCGGAAUCCACCUGUUCAAACCUCUGCUGCUGGUGACACCGUUACUUUAAGCUGUGAAUAUUCAGGUAUCUGUCAGUACACAGUACACUGGUACAGUCAGUCCCCAGGACAGGCUCCGGAAUAUCUGCUUCAGAGAAACACUCCAGGAGAAGACAAUAAAGAAAACGCUGUCAGGGGGAGAAUUUCUGCUUCGAUCGACCCAGCCGAGAAAAUCAGCCGGUUAAAGAUUUCCAAACCACAACUGAGCGACUCCGCUGUGUAUUACUGCCAACUGAGUCGGCGCACAGCACAGUGA